GGAUGGCAGAAUGGCCCUGUCAGGCAGGCUGUAUGGGGGGGGGGUCAUGUCAGGCAGGCUGUAUGGGGCCCCACAAUCCUUGGCUGGUCCAGUGUGCAUCACAUCUGCUCCUGGCCAGGGGCGGACUGACAACUCAUGGGGCCCCCGGGAAAUAGGGGAUCAUGGGGCCCCUGUGUCCUUGCCCAAACUCAAAAAAGCCUAUGAAAAAGGUACCAGGGGCAUCUUAUGGAGCCCCCUACUGACCCCGGGCCCUCGGGCAGUGCCUGAGUUUCCAAAUGGUCGGUCCGCCCCUGCUCCUGGCCUGAUGUCCUGC